AUGGACCCCUGGGCCCCGGCUCGGCUGCCCCAGCCCCGGGAAGGGCAGGCAGCCCGGGGGCCAUGGGGAGAGGCUUACCGUGCCCCCCUGCCGCAGCCCAGGCGGCAGCUCCUCCGCGCGGGGCCCCCGCCUCGGCCCGGCUCCUGGGACGGGGGUCACCUCCCCGGCCACCCCCGGGAUGAAGGCCACCAGCCCCGGAGGGAUGCUGCCCGCAGCCCGGCUUCCCGGGCGGAGAACUAUGAAAGCAGCCGCCCCAACAAGCCGUACGCCAGGCAAGGAUAUGAAGACCCCCACAGGCACUAUCCAUCAGCCAGCUACGGGGAUGACUACACCUACCAAAGCCACCGGUGGCAGCCAGUGGCCUGGCAGGACGACAGAGACCUGAGACAGGGAGAGCCUUAUGGCAAGGGUACCAAUUACCGGGACCAGCACUACUACAGGGGUUACCACCCCAACCUGGCCAUCACUACCCCAGGACAGGACAGGACACAGACCUACGACUCCUAUGAGGAGAGACACAUCUCAGCUGCCCGGACUGAAUGGGCAGGGGGAGAAACCCCUGGCAGAGAUUUGGGGGAGUCCAGUGGCCAGCCCCGAGAGCCCAGCCUGCUCCUGCAGUACCGUGAGUCGGGGCUCAGCUCCAGCGGCUACGAGCUCAGCCAGUACAUCCGUGACGGUGCUGACCACCACGACCCUACGCUUUCGGGGACCUGGAGCCUGGCACAAGCAGGGGGGCCCUUGGUGUCCACCCCAGCCCCAGUGGGACCCCUCAAAUUCUCGCUGCCGCAUGUGGCAGUGUGCUUUGGAGCGGGAGGGCAGCUGGUGCUGGUGUGUCCCCGCCACCCUGCCGAGGGGCAGCUAGCCCACGUCGAGCUACACAGCCUGGAGGUAAUCCUUCAUGACACUAAAGAGCUGGAGGAGCUACGAGCCUUCCCGGGGCCCCUGGCCAGGGAAGAUCUGCACAAGGUAGAUGUGAUGACAUUUUGCCAGCAGAAGAUAGCCACGAGCUGUGAUCUCUCAACACAGAGAGGCAGAGAUUCAGCUCUUCUCUGGAAACUCCUGGUCCUCCUCUGCCAGCAGAAUGGGUCCAUGGUGGGCUCAGACACGGCUGAGCUGCUGCUGAAAGACUGCAGGCGCCAGGAGAAGUACAAGAGGCAAAACCCUGCGGCAAACGUGAUCGGCCUGACAGACGAUGAGUGGAUGUCGCGUCAGCCGGGGACGCUGGACCUCAUCACGGGGGAGGUCCCUCCUGUUGUGGAGACGCAGGCACAGAUAGUGGAGAAGUUCACCAAACUCCUCUACUACGGCAGGAAGAAAGAGGCUCUGGUCUGGGCCAUGAGAAACCAGCUGUGGGGCCAUGCCCUCUUCCUCUCCAGCAAGAUGGACCCUCGGACCUACAGCUGGGUGCUCACCGGGUUCACCAGCACGCUGGCCACCAAUGACCCCCUGCAGACCCUCUUCCAGCUCAUGUCGGGAAGGAUCCCUCAGGCAGCGCUGUGCUGCGGGGAUGCCGCGUGGGGCGACUGGAGGCCCCACUUGGCCGUGAUGUUGUCCAACAAGGUUGGAGACACGGAGCUGAACCAUCGAGCCAUCGUCACCAUGGGAGACACUUUGGCUGGCAAGGGAGCAGUCGAAGCAGCUCAUUUCUGCUACCUGAUGGCAGAUAUUCCCUUCAGUUACUUUGGGGCGAAGGCAGACCGCAUGGCUCUGCUGGGCAGCAGCCACCGUCAGGGGUUUGCCCAGUUUGCCAGGACGGAGGCUGUCCAGCGGAUGGAAGUCUUUGAGUACUGCCAGCAGCUACGACAGCGCGAAUCCUUCCCGCUCCCCUUCCAGGCGUACAAGCUCCUUUAUGCCUCUCGCUUGGCCGACUACGGGCUCCCAGCCCAAGCCCUGCAAUACUGCGAGCAGAUCGCCACCGCGCUCCUGGGCCAGGAGUUGGCCAGCCACCCUGUCCUGGCCCAGCAAGUGAUGAGACUAGCCGAGCGGCUGAAGUUCUCCGACCCUCUGCUCCUGGAGAUGCCGGAGCAGGACCAGACUCUGGAGCCCGACUGGCUGGUACAGCUCCGAGCCUGCUGCCGGGAGUGGGAGGUGGAAGAUGACCUCCCUCCAGAGGUGGCACCCGCUCAGCCAGGGCUCUCCUGGGCUGAUGCAUCGAAGGCAGAUGGAGAGCCUGGCUAUGAGCUUCCCCAGAGCAAAGGCUACCGGUAUGACCAGGGCUACCACCCUGUGGCACCCCAGGGACCCAGCUCCCACGAGGAAAUGUCUCUCCAUCCCCCAGUACCUGCUCAGGUUGCAGCGUCGCCCUUGCUCGGCGUUGAGCAGGACCUGCAGCCCCCCACAUUCAACCCAGGAGUGGACACCCCUCCGGGAGGGGAUUGUGCUGAGCCCCCUCCACAGGCUGUGCCACGGGCGGGAGAAGCUGGGGAGCCCCGGGGCACCCCACUGUCCCCUGAGGGGGUGCAGCCACCCCUCCCAGCAGAGCAGGAGGAGUUAACGGCGAGGCCGCGGACCAUCUCGGAGAGCUCCACCGUCUCCUUGGAAGACGACAGCCGGCCUUCCUCGGAGAGCGCAGGCGAAGACACUGCUGAAGAGCCGGCGCGGGCAGAGGCGGUGAAGCCGGGUGAGGAUAAGACUGGAUUCAGGUGGUUUGGCUGGUUUCGGUCGAAGCCCACUAAGGAAACAUCUCCUAAAGCUGUGUCUGAGACAGCCCCAGACUCCCCCAGGCCGGGACCACAGGAAUGGAUGUUGCCAUCCCCACCCAGCGCCCCUCUCACGGCUGGGACAAGCCCUUCGGCUCAGCAUCCCUCAAGAAACUCUGGAGGAAUGCAAAGCGAAAAUACCUUUCGUGUUACGCCAGUGUCCUUUGAGGUGAAGAGCUCGUGGGAUGCGGAUGGGGGGGAGGCAGCAGGAGAGCAGACUGGCUCCCCUGAAUAUCCCCCACCAGUGGGCACAGUCCCUCUCUUCAACCCUGUCCAGAUGUCUCAGCUCGCCGCUGCCUCUCGACCCAACCAACCCAGGCUGCUUUCCCGGCGGCGGUACCCUAACCCGCUGUGA